AUGGAAGAAAAGAAACCAUUAGUACAAAUAGUUCGAUUUUCAUCGAUCUUAACUGCUGAUAAAUUAUCAAGUUGUGUAAAAUAUAAUAAUCUUGAAACAUAUUCUAUUCUUUGGUUAGAUCCUGUAGUUAAUGAUGCAAAAGAAUAUAUUGAAGCUCAACAACGACUUCGUACAUCUAUUAAUUAUAUAAGAACAUUUAAAAAUAUUGACAAUUGUGAACAAUAUAUACAAACAGUACCUGAACAAGAUAGAGUAUUUUUAAUUAUUAAUAAUCAAUUUGGUCAAGAAUUAAUACCACAAAUUCAUCAAUAUCAACAAGUUUUUGCUAUUUAUAUUUAUAUUAAUGAUGAUAAACGAAAUACGCAAUGGACUAAAGAAUUUAAAAAGAUUAAAUCUGUGAGUACACAAUUAGAUUCCCUUGUUGGUCGAAUAAAAUCUGAUCGAACACGACGAAGUCAAAAUAAAAUUGAUGAACCGUUAUCAAUAAAUAUAUUUGAUGUUAAUGUUAGUUAUAAAUCUAAUGAACAAUUUAUUCGUUCACAUUUAUUAAUCGAUUGUUUACUUCGAAUAAAAGAAAAUUCAACCGAUAUGGAAAAUUUUAUUACUUUAUGUGAAGAAGAAUAUAAAGACAAUAAAGCUGAAUUAGAUCAAAUACAUGAAUUUCAACAAAAUUAUUCUUCUAAUCGAGCUUUACGAUGGUAUACAAAACAAAUAUUUCUUUUUCGAAUGUUAAAUAAAGCUUUACGUAUACAAAAUCUUGAUGUAUUAUUUCUAUUUCGUUUCUUUAUUGAUGAUAUUCAACAACAACUUAUUAAAAAUCAAUAUUCACAACAAAUUCAACUUUAUCGUGUUCAAUUAAUAUCAAAUAAUGAAUUAGAAAUAUUAAAAAAAGCUACUGGUGGUUUUAUUAUGACAAAUACAUUUCUAUCAACAACUUUGAAUCGUGAAGCAUCAUUUGAAUUUUUUAAUAAUAUGGAAAGUUCAGAUGAAAUUAAUAUGCAUCGAGUAUUAUUUGAAAUUGAUGCUAAUCCUCGUAUUGAUGGUGUUAAACCAUUUGCUAAUAUUAUUUGGUUAAGUCAUUGUUUUGGUCAACAAGAAGUCUUAUUGAUGGUUGGUUCAAUUUUUCGAAUUAUUAAUAUUGAACAUAAUGAUAAUGAAAUCUGUACUAUUCGUUUAGUUUUAUCAAGUGAAAAUGAUCAAGAUUUAAAAAAUUCAUUUGAACAUCUUAAAAAAGAAUAUAAUGAUAAAGAAAUGGAUCUUUUUUCAUUUGGUCAUGUUUUAUAUGAUAUGGGAAAUUUUGAUAGUGCAAAAAAAUUUUAUCUUCGUUUUCUUGAUAAUAUUCCACCUGAUCAUCAAGAUUUAGCUAAUUGUUAUAAUACACUUGGAGAAAUUGCAGUGGAAAAAGGUGAUUGUAAUUUAAGUCUUGAAUGGUUUGAAAAAUUAAAUGAAUUAUUAAUACGUACAUUAAAUCCGAAUGAUCCUCGUCUUGCAGAUAGUCAUACAAUUAUUGGUGAUAUUUAUUGGAAAAAAAAUGAUCUUAAACAUGCACUUGAAUCUUAUAAUAAAGGAUUAGCUAUUUAUAAACGAGCAUGUGAUGAAAAUCAUUUUACAAUAGCAGUAACAUCAGAAAAAAUUGGAGCGAUUUAUGAAAAACAAAAAAAAUAUUUUCAAGCACUUAAUUAUUAUGAAAAAACAUUAGCUAUACGUCAAAAAACUCUUCCAUCUGAUGAUCUUCUUCUAGGAGCAACACAUAGUAAAGUUGCUAAUAUUCGAUUAUCACUUUGUCAUUAUUAUUUAGCAAUAGGACAUUAUAAUAUUGCACUCAAAAUUAAAUUAACUACUCUUCCACCUGAUCAUUUAGAAAUUGCAUCUGAUUAUCGUGGUAUCGGACAUAUGUAUAAAGGUACAGAUAAUGUAAAUCAAGCAUUGAUAUAUUAUGGAAAAGCAUUAGAGAUUUAUCGUCAACAUUUACCACCGAAUCAUCCAGAUAUUAUUGAAAUAGAACGAAUUAUUGUAUCUCUUGCUGCACAAACUGAAUAA